AUCAAAAUUGCCAAGCAACGUUGGAGCAGCUCAGCGCCCCAAACGAGCAGGUCGCUGCCUGAGGAUUUAAUGGAGAAAUCCCAAAGUGAGCCUGGGUGCGUGGUGGAGGAGGGGCGUGCUGCGGCUGGGAAGGAGGCCGGAGCUUGCCGCCCGUGCAGCCUGCCAGGCAGCCUCAGGCCAGCUGGCGCUCCUCGGCCAAGGCCACGCUCCCUUUGACAGCCCUGUUGUCGACAGCAGAUGGGGGAGGGCACUGCUCCCUGGCUGAUGUGCCAGGAGCUGGGAGCAGCCAUCCAGGUGACUAAGCCGGCCCACUGGCACUGAGUCACCUGCUGGCCCGGAGAUUUCUUCCUUCUCUUUUGCAUCUGAUUAUUUUGGGAGCUGGAAACUUGGAGCUGCACCUGAGUCCCGCCCCUUCUAGUUCUCCCCUCUCUACCUUGGGCUGUGAGGAAGAUGGGACCUAUCAGGAAUCUGCUGCCACCCCCCAAGGAUAUGGAAGAUGCUGUGGGGGCCCGAGGUUCCGAGAGAGAGAUGCUGGCCGGCAAAGUGCAAUAACAGAUAUGGUGAUCAGGCUGCUGUGUCCUCUGGAGGUGUCGGGAGAGAAGGGGAGACUGGUCCGUGCUAACUGGAGUCCUCCUGGGCCGGCUUUGAACUCACCUCUCACAGGAUAUUGCUGUUCAUGAGUGGCUUCUAGGGUCAGAGUGGCAUUUGGAGAGCAAGGCUGGAUUGGCUUAGGCUGGCCGGGGCAGGGAGUGCCGCUUCCCGGGCUCCAGACAAGCACCAGCCUGCAGUGAGGAGCUUGAGGCCCAGCGGCCCCGAAGAGCGGCCACGGCGCCGAGGUCCUUCCCGCGGAGGGCGGGCCCGGCUCCCGCGGCCGCUUCGAGCUCUCCAGGGACUUCCCGCUCGGCAGGCCUCGGACUGCGGGCCAGGGAGGGUCCUCAGUCUUCCCUCUCCUCGGUGCCUGAGAGCUCUGCCCACUGAAGGGUGAGGAUUCAGGAGGAAGAGCAGGGGAGGAAGGCAGCCAGGAGAGUUUAUUUCUUUUGAGAGAGAGAGAGCAUGAGAAGGAGAGGGGCAGAGAAAGGAAAGAGAAUCCCAAGCAGGCUCCACACUGUCAUCACAGAGCCUGACGGCUCGAACUCACAAACCGUGAGAUCAUGACCUGAGCUGAAAUCAAGAGUCGGACUCCCAAACGACUGAGCCACCCAGGUGAGAUUGGUUCAGCUUUUCUUUUUCUUGUACUAUUCUUACCUGGUUUAAGAGUCAAGGUUGCACCAUGUUCCGAAAGAAAAAGAAGAAACGCCCUGAGAUCUCAGCCCCACAGAACUUCCAGCACCGUGUCCACACCUCCUUUGAUCCCAAAGAAGGCAAGUUUGUGGGCCUCCCACCACAAUGGCAGAACAUCCUGGACACACUUCGGCGACCCAAGCCUGUGGUGGACCCUUCUCGAAUUACUCGGGUGCAGCUCCAGCCCAUGAAGACAGUGGUGCGGGGCAGCUCAGUGCCCAUGGACGGCUACAUAUCAGGGCUGCUCAACGACAUCCAGAAGUUGUCGGUCAUCAGCUCCAACACCCUGCGUGGCCGCAGCCCCACCAGCCGGCGGCGGGCACAGUCCCUAGGGCUGCUGGGGGAUGAACACUGGGCCACUGACCCGGACAUGUACCUGCAGAGCCCCCAGUCUGAGCGCACUGACCCCCAUGGCCUCUACCUCAGCUGCAACGGGGGUACACCAGCAGGCCGCAGGCAGAUGCCGUGGCCAGAGCCACAGAGCCCAAGAGUCCUACCCAACGGGCUGGCCACCAAGGCACAGUCGCUAGGCCCCACCGAGUUCCAGGGUGCCACACAGCGCUGCCUGCAGUUGGGUGCCUGCCUACAGAGCUCCCCACCCGGCGCCUCACCCCCCGCAGCCACUGGUAGGCGUGGGACCAAGGUUGCCAGACAUGGUUCUGAGGAGGCCCGGCCACAGUCCUGCCUGGUGGGCUCGGCGACUGGCAGGCCAGGCGGGGAGGGCAGCCCCAGCCCUAAGACCCAGGAGAGCAGCCUUAAGCGCAGGCUGUUCCGAAGCAUGUUCCUGUCUACUCCUGCCACAGCCCCUGUGAGCAGCAGCAAGCCAGGCCCUCCCUCUCAGAGCAAGCCCACCUCCUCUUUUCGACCGCUGCAGAAAGAACCCACCCAAAGCCUGGUGGCCAAGGCCCAGUCCUUGCCCUCAGACCAGCCCAUGGGGACCUUCAGCCCUCUGACCACCUCGGAUACCAGCAGCCCCCAGAAGUCCCUCCGCAUAGCCCAAGCUGCCGGCCCACCCCCAGGCCGGUCUUCCCCCGCGGGCUCCCCACGCACCAGGCAAGCCCAGAUCAGCACCAGCAACUUGUACCUGCCCCAGGACCCCACGGUGGCCAAGGGUGCCCUGGCUGGCGAGGACACGGGUGUUGUGACACACGAGCAGUUCAAGGCUGCGCUCAGGAUGGUGGUGGACCAGGGUGACCCCCGGAUGCUGCUGGACAGCUACGUGAAGAUCGGCGAGGGCUCCACGGGCAUCGUCUGCCUGGCCCGGGAGAAGCAUUCAGGCCGCCAGGUGGCCGUCAAGAUGAUGGACCUCAGGAAGCAGCAGCGCAGGGAGCUGCUCUUUAAUGAGGUGGUGAUCAUGCGAGACUACCAGCACCUCAACGUGGUGGAGAUGUACAAGAGCUACCUGGUGGGCGAGGAGCUGUGGGUGCUUAUGGAGUUCCUGCAGGGCGGCGCCCUCACGGACAUCGUCUCCCAAGUCAGGCUGAAUGAGGAGCAGAUCGCCACUGUGUGUGAGGCCGUGCUGCAGGCCCUGGCUUACCUGCAUGCCCAAGGUGUCAUCCACCGGGACAUCAAGAGUGACUCCAUCCUCCUGACCCUGGAUGGCAGGGUGAAACUCUCUGACUUCGGAUUCUGUGCUCAGAUCAGCAAAGACGUCCCUAAGAGGAAGUCCCUGGUAGGCACCCCUUACUGGAUGGCUCCUGAAGUGAUCUCCAGGUCUCUGUACGCGACUGAGGUGGAUAUCUGGUCUCUGGGCAUCAUGGUGAUUGAGAUGGUGGACGGGGAGCCACCCUACUUCAGCGACUCCCCAGUGCAAGCCAUGAAGAGGCUCCGGGACAGCCCCCCACCCAGGCUGAAAAACUCUCACAAGGUCUCCCCAGUGCUUCGAGACUUCCUGGAACGGAUGCUGGUGCGGGACCCCCAGGAGAGAGCCACGGCUCAGGAGCUCCUGGACCACCCUUUCCUGCUGCAGACAGGGCUGCCCGAGUGCCUGGUGCCCCUGAUCCAGCUCUACCGCAAGCAGACCUCCACCUGCUGAGCCCGGGGACACUGGGCAGCCAGCCUGCCGGCGGGGCCUGCCUGCCUCAUUCUCUCAGUAUUCUCUCCAAAGAUCGAAUGUGAAAACCCACCCACACCCUUCUGUCCCUCAGCCCACUGGGCCAGGCCGGACCUGCCCCUCGGUCUCUCUCCCUCCCAAGAGAGUCCCCAGUUGCCUUUGGGAUGGUGGAGACCCCCUUCUACAGAAUGACCCUCUGUUAUUUGCACAGGGAUAUUUCUAAGAAACGUGGAGACCCGCACUCCUGGCCACGUGGCCAACACAGCAGAAAAAGCUGCUGCGGUUUUUUAAAGGUAGUUGUACAUUAGCAUCCCAGGCCACCGAGAGGGCAGACUGCCUGUCUUUGCCAGGAUACUUGCUGUUCUCAGCUCCAGCUCUAAACCCUGGGGUCUCAAGAGGGCCACAGGGAAGGUUUCUAUUGCCUGAAGCCGUCUUCCUCCUUUACGUCUGACUUCCUGAAGGUACGGUCCAACCUGCACCUGUUUCCCGACCCACCUGCACUGACACCACUCUCCCUGCACAGUCUGCUCCAAACUGUGAACAGCCUGCUCUCUGGCCAGGGGUGGAGGAAGGGCAUUUGUCUGGGUAAAAGAGAAAGAAUGCGGUUGGUGGUAAACAUAAUCUCACUUUACAGGAUGGAGAGAACAUUGUGUGUGUGUGUGUGUGUGUGUGUGUGUGUGUGUGUGUGUGUGUGUGUGUGAAGUGGAGGACAGUCACCCUGACAGCCUGGCUCCCUUCAGGUCACUCACAGGUCACCAACUUCAGUAAGGCUUCCCAUCCUUUCUGCCACUAAAUUCUACCAGGAAGGGACCUGCUUUCUUGGCCUGGCUUCUCACCUCCUAAGUCCCAUGUUUCUACCUGAACAGUGAAGAGAGCUGACACAUCCCAGGGGCUUCGCAGAUUUCCAGGUUUCUCCUGUACUGUGGAGUCUGAGAGCCAGAGAUGGGAAUGGUAAAGGAACAAACUUUGUUUUGCCUGUGAGCUUUGUCUCAAUAACCAGGUCAUCAAGGACCCAUUAUUUUCAAAAAUCUUGGUCUGAGGGAGAUGAACCACCCCCUGGGGCUCCAUCCUGUCAAGAAAAUGGACACCCCCUUUGUGCAAACCAUCUGCCCUAGCUGCCUCUUCAGACAUCUGUCUCUUUGUCCCCCUUCCCUCCCCACCUUCAGGGAUGUUGUGAGUCAGGGAAUCCAGGGAAGAACUCCAGGUGUCAGGACCCUAUCUAGAUAAUAUUUUUAGAUUCCUCUGCUCCCUAGUGGCCUGCUUUGGGCCCCCCCCCAAAAAAAAAACUUGCAAGGACUUUUUUAAGGGUCAGAGUUUUAAAAACAAAAGCAUCUUCCCUAGAAACUUUUGUGAAUUGUUUGCACUUGUGCCUGUUUUAAAUUAAACUGAGUGUUCAAAACC